AUGUAUAAAUACCUCGAAAGAUUCAUCACAUUCACGGAAAUAGAUGGAUUUGAUGAAAAUCAAAAGUUUUCAAGCAGUUUAUAUCCAGAAUAUUACACGAAAUAUUCAUUACUUGAAUUAUGUUGUUAUCACGGAGCAGUUGAUUGUUUCAAGUUAUUAAGAACGAAGUUUAACUCAAAAAUUACUAAAACAUGUCUCAAAUUUUCAUUUUUAGGCGGAAAUGCAGAUAUCAUGAGUGAAUGUUUGAAAAAUCAAACACCAGAUAAAGAAUGCAUGAUAAAUGCAAUUAUUUCACACAACAUUGAUUUCGUUUCAUUCUUGAUGAAUGAAUACAAUAUGGAGAUUGAUUUACUUAAAUGCAUAAAAUAUAAUAAUCUUGAAUCAUUCUUGGUUUAUUUCGAUCAAACAAAUGAAACUAACAAAUGCUUUAUUUAUUCUUCGAUGUUUAACAUAUCUUCCCUUUGCGAUUAUUUCCUUUCGCAGGGUGCAAAUGUUAAUGAAAAAACUGAAAAAGGAAAAACAGCUCUUCAUUUUGCAGCAGAUAAAAAUAGUAAAGAGUCAGCGGAGUUUCUUAUUUCACACGGUGUAAAUAUCAAUGAAAAAGAUGAGGAAGGAAAAACUGCUCUGCACAUUACAGCAAGUCAUAAUAGUAAAGAAACAGCUGAGCUUCUUAUUUCGCACGGUGCAAAUAUCAAUGAGAAGGAUAAAUUUGGACAAACUACUCUUCAUUUGGCAGCAUGGUAUAAUAGUAAAGAAACAGCUGAACUUCUUAUUUCGCACGGUGCAAAUCUGAAUGAAAAAGAUAAAGGAGGACAAACCGUUCUUCAUUAUGCUGCAGACCAAAAUAACAAAGAUAUAGCUGAACUUCUUAUUUCGCAUGGUGCAAAUAUCAAUGAAAGAGACAAAAAAGGAAAAGCUGCCCUUAAUAUUGCAGCAUAUAAAAAUAGCAAAGAAACAGCAGAACUUCUUAUUUUGCACGGCGCAAAUAUCAACGAAAAAGAUGAUGAAGGAAAAACUGCUCUUCAUCUUGCAGUAGAUCAAAAUAACAAAGAAACAACUGAAAUUCUUAUUUCACAUGGUGCAAAUAUCAAUGAAAAAGAUGAAGGAGGACAAACUACUCUUCAUUUGGCAGCAUUGUAUGAUAGUAAAGAAACAGCCGAACUUCUUAUUUUGCAUGGUGCAAAUCUCAAUGAAAAAGAUAAUGAUGGACAAACUGCUCUUGAUUGUUCAGCACGUCAUAAUAGUAACGAAAUAGCUGAACUUCUUAUUUCACAUGGUGCAAAUAUCAAUAAAAAAGAUAUAAACGGACAAACAGUUCUUCAUCAUGCAGCAUGGUAUAAUAGUAAAGAAACAGCUGAACUUCUUAUUUCAAAUGGUGCAAAUAUCAAUGAAAAAGAUAAUGUUGGACAAACUGCUCUUCAUUAUGCAGCAUAUAGUAAAGGCAAAGAAACAGCUGAACUUCUUAUUUCUCAUGGUAUAAAUAUCAAUGAAAAAGAUAAAAAAGGAAAAACUGCUCUUCAAAUCGCAACAGAUAAAAAUAACAAAGAAAUGGCUGAACUUCUUAUUUCACAUGGUGCAGAAAAAUAA